AUGGCAUCUCCUCAAGAAGAGCAGUCUUAUCCCUUUGUAGAUAUAUAUGAUGAAGAUGAAGCUGACAAAGCGUUUCUUAUGUCUAAGCCUACCUGCUUCCUCAUCCUUGGAAAACCAGGAAUUGGGAAGAAAACGCUAGCUACAAAAAUAGCACAGAUUUGGAAAUGCACACUCAUAGAUGUUUUUGAGCUUAUAGAUGAGAACGUAUCAGCAAGAACAGAAUAUGGACUCAAGAUUAAGGAAUUGCUAUAUCAAGGCCAAAGUAUUCCUGAAGAAUUGAUUGUAAAGAUGCUUCUGAACAAAAUGGAAACUCCAGAGGUUUUUCACUUUGGCUAUGUUCUCUGUGAUUUUCCUUGUCUUUCUGAGGAAUACAUGACUAUAACAGAACAAAUAGAAAUAAUUAGAAAUCUAAAAUUAAAACCAGAUUUCUUGAUUAAUAUUAAGUGUCCUGACUAUGAUUUGUGCCAAAGACUCUCUGGACAAAGACAGCUUUAUACAACAGGGCAGGUAUUUCAAAGAGAUGAAUGGGACCCUGAUAUUAUUGAAAAACGGAGGAAAAAGAAGAAAGAGUCAAAUAAAGCUGGGGAAGAAGAGGAGGAAGCAGAAGAAGAGGAGGAGGAAGAGGAGGCAGCUGAGGCAGCAGCAGAUCAACUUAUGCUGACAGAAAUUUUACCUCAUUUGGUUCAGAGGCCAGAAGAUUUUUUAGAAAAUGUACAACGGAAAAUUGAUAUGUACAGGGAUACUGUGCUACAUCCUUUAGAGGAAUUAAUGGCCGAGCAGGAUUCCCAGUAUCUUAUUGAACUUGAUGGAAAUAAAUCUCCAGAUGAACUUUUUACAUCAGUAAUAUCCCGUCUUCAGUCCAUGGGCCUGAGAAAUGGAGCUAUUAUAACCAGACUUCAAAGUGCAGAGGAAGAAAUUCUAGAAGGACUGGAAAAUGAUGAAAUCUUUCGGGCUCUUGCAGCUUACAAACUUGUAGCACCUAGAUAUAGAUGGUGGCGCAGCAAGUGGGGAAGAAUAUGUCCCGUGGCUUUAAAAGAUGGUGAAAUUGUCAUGGGAUCACCAGACCUUGCAGUCAGCUUCUUAGGUAAGAUGUACACACUUUCAUCUGAGGAAGCCCUGAAAACAUUCAUGCUGAAUCCUCGUCCCUUCCUGCUACUACCUAUGCCACUUCCACCUUGUAAAGUGCUAGUCAUUGGACCUCCACUUUCUGGGAAGUCAACCCUGUGUGCGGCAAUUGCAAACCACUACAUGGGAAAGGUUCUUGACAUGGACGUUCUUCUUAAGGGACAUUUAGAAGAAGCAAGAUCAGCGCUCAUAGAGCAGAUUCGUGCUGAAGCAACAGCAGCAGGCAUUGCUAAAGUGAAAGAAAAAAUAGAAAUGGAACGACUGUUCAGGGAGCAAGUUGCGUUAGGUGCCCAAGAGGCAUCUAGUGAUAAGGAGUUAGAGGACUUUGAAGAGAGUUUCCAGGUUGAUGAAAAAAGUUCCUCAGAACAACCUAGUGCUUCAGCAUCUAGAAGCCAAAGAGCUGGUACAGUUGAUGGUUGCACCUUGUUUUCCCAUCCUGUUACUAAACGUUUCCUGAAGGGUCUCCUACGUUUGUAUCCUCCAGUCAAAGCUCCAGCACCUUUAUGGGACCUUCCCCUGGUCUUGCGCCAGCUGACCAGACGGCCCUUCGAACCCCUCGCCACCUGUCAGCUGAAGCUCCUGGCCUGGAAUUCGCCAUACUUGUCCUUCCUCCCGGAUGGCGUCCGUCUGGUGCCGGACAUUUCAUUUUUGCCCAAGGUGGUCUCUGAAUUCCAUCUGCAGUCCGAAGUCUUCCUCCCUGAUUUUUACCCUGACCCAAAAUCACCGGAAGACAGACUCAUGCACACACUUGACGUGAAGCGGGCCCUCCUCUUCUACCUGAGUAGGACACGCCCCACGAGGCAAACCCCUAAGCUGUUUGUCUCGUAUGCUGCACCCCGUGUGGGCACUCCUAUCACUGCCCAACGUCUGUCCAAGUGGAUA